UCAUCACAAAACAACAUUCAAAAGUAUAGAAUUUCAACAACAAAAAACAUACAACACUAAAAAAAAAAAUGUUCAUCAUCAUCAACCAAACUAAUAACCAUGCUACUCUUCUUCUCUUCCUCAUUUUCCUACUUUCUUACUUCUCCUAUACAAAUUCCUAUGUCUUCAUCUAUGCCGGUUGUUCUCAAGAGAAGUUCCAACCCUCGUCGCCUUUCGAAUCCACCAUCAACUCCUUCCUAACCUCGGUUGUCACCUCCUCCUCGCAAACCGGCCUCUACAACACCUUCACCCCAGGAGACUCCUCCCCUAGCACCUCUUCCUCCGACUCCCCGAUUUACGGGCUUUACCAAUGUAGGGGUGACUUAAGGCCUUCAGAUUGUACAAGUUGCAUCCAAAGUGCAGUCACUCAAAUAGGCCUAAUAUGCCCUUACUCAUAUGGUGCUACCCUACAACUUGAGGGGUGUUAUGUACGAUAUGAGAAGUUCAAUUUCCUAGGAAAACCCGACAAUACGGUCAUGUACAAGAGGUGUAGCCGGAGCUCAAGUGAUGAUGCUGAGUUCUUCCGUAGAAGAGAGGAUGUUUUAGCCACCAUACAAGGGGCGGUUAACGGGUUUAGGGCUUCGAGUUCGGGUUCGGUACAAGGGUUUGGGCAGUGCUUAGGAGAUUUGAACUCUAAUGAUUGUUCAAAUUGUUUGAAUGAAGCUGUUAAAGAGUUGAAGACACUUUGUGGUCAAGCUGCUGCUGCUCAUGUUUUCUUGGCUAAGUGUUAUGCUGAGUAUUGGGAAGCUGGUUACUAUGACUUGUCCACUCAUAGUUCAGAAGCGUCACACGAUGAUGAAGUUGCAAAAACAGUAGCUAUUAUUGUCGGAAUCAUCGGAGGAGUUGCAAUUUUGAUCGUUCUUCUAUCCGUUUGUCGGAAAUCAGCUCCCGGUGGCAAAUAAAUUUGUUUAGUUUUUUUUUAUUAAUUUGCAUUUUGUUGAAUUUUGUCUUGAUGCAAAUUUUCAAAUUAA